GCGCAUGCGCAGCAGCGGCGAGAAACCGCCAUGGCCGCCGCGUUGCCGGGCAACGGGGGACGCUCCCGGCCGCGCGCGCAAGCGCAGUAGCGGCGCCGCCCUUUCCCGUCUCCCCGCGCUCCCGAUCCCGGCGCAUCCAUGGAAAACCGGGAGGGCGGGGCGGCUCCGGCCGCGCUCCACGAGAUCCGCGAGCCCAGCCCCGGCCCCGAGCCCAACCCCGACCUGCACCUCGGGGCUGCCGCCGCCGCCGAGAGCGGCCCCGAGCCCGGCGCGGCCGCCGAGGCGGCCUCGGAGCGGGCGGAGCGGAUCGGAGCCCGCAGGAGCCGCGUCGAGGCGCGGAGACGGGCAGCCCUUGGAAUUGUGGAGGAGGUGGAGGAAGAGGAGGAGGAGGAGGAGGAAGAGCAGAGGAAGAGCCUGGCACUGAUCGAGGAGACGGAGAAGGCUCUGGCCAAGCUGCUUUUCCACGGCACUCAGCUGGUGACGGAUGUCCAGGUGGAUUCGGAUUUCCGGGAAUUCCAGAGGAGGGAACGGGAAGCCAAGGAGAGGAGGGACAGGUUGGAGAGGCUGGAGAGGGAAGCCCAGAGGAGCACGGAGAAGCUUGGGGAGAUCAACUCCGGGUGGGUCCUGGCCCAGGAUUCCAAGAUCCCGCAGGAAUUGCGGGAAUUGCUGAAGGAACAGCAGGAAAACUGCGAGCGGCUCCUGCGGGAAAAGAACCGGCUCAUCCGGGACCUGCGGGAGGUGAGCUGGGAAUUCCGGGUGUCCCAGGCCGGGUUGGAUUCCCUGGGAUAG